CGCGCCGCCGCGAGCGACCACCUCGCGCGACCCUCCGUCGCUCGCGUCGCUCGCGUCCGCCGCGUCGACGCCGCCGCCGCGCGAGCGCGCUCCGCGUCGCGCGCCCCGCGCGCCGCCGUCGGCGCCCGUCCGUCCGACGGACGCGCGUCGGGGAAAAGAAUCAGUCAGGUCGUCGUGGUCCGAGACGCUCGCGGAUAAAGCGAGCGCGAACGCGCCGUCGCCGCCGCCGCCGACAUGGGCUCCGAGGCGGACAACACGUCCCUGGACUGGGACGCCACGAUCGCGAUCGCGUCCGUCGCGUGCUUCUUCGUCUCCAUCCUCGCGAACGCGGGCGGCGUCGGCGGCGGCGGCGUCUUCGUCCCGCUCCUCAUGCUCGUCGUCGGCCUCUCCGGGAAGUGGGCGAUACCGGUGUCCAACUGCAUGAUACUCGCGGGCGCGAUCCCGGCGACCUUCUUCAACCUCAUGAAGCGCCACCCGACGAGGGACCGCCCGCUUCUAGACACGAACGCUGCGUUGCUGCUCAUCCCCGCGACGCUCGCGGGGACCACCCCGGGGGUCAUGCUCAACGUCUUAUUCCCCGAGUGGCUCGUCAGCGCGAUGUUGAUCUGCCUUCUCACGUACACGUCCACGCAGACGUUUCAGAAGGGGAAGAGGGAGUGGAGGAAGGAAGGGGAGAUCAAGCGGAAGAAGCGGAUGGAGGAGGAAACGAACUCGGCCGCGUUCGUGGGCAUAGGCGACAUCGGCGGCGGCGGCGGAGGAGGAGGAGGAGGAGGAUCGAAAUCGAAAUCGUCCUCCGGGCCGGACGCCGCAGAACGAGGCGCGGCGUCGUCGGCGUCGCCUUCCUCGACCGCGCCGGCGCCGCCUUCCCCGGACUCGCCGGACGCGGUCAAACUCGCGCAGAUCAUCGAGAAAGAGAAGCGCGUCGACGUCAAGAUCGUCGCCGCGUUGUUCCUUCUGUGGUGCCUCAUGUUCGUCCUCGCGUUUUUGCGCGGCGGGAAGGGCGCCGCCGCGGACGCGUCCCCGGCGAACGUCACGCCGUGCGUGAACGAGUACUGGGCGCUCGUCGCGGCGCCGAUCGCACUCGGCCUGUGCGCGUCCUACCUCGCCGGGUUAUACCUCCACGCGGACUGCGCCGAGCGGCUCCGCGUGGGAUACGCGUACGACGCCGGAGACUUGAGGAUGGAGACGACGGACGGCAUCGCGAAGUGGACGCUGUGGGCCUUCGGCGCGGGCAUGGGGAGCGGCCUCCUCGGCAUCGGCGGCGGAAUGAUCCUCGGCCCGCUGCUCUUAGACCUCGGGAUGUCCCCGAAGGUCUCCGCGCCGAUCACGCACUUCGCGGUGUUGUUCACGUCGAGCAUGAGCGUGAUUCAGUUCGCGCUUCUCGGACAGCUGCUGCCCGCGCACGCGGGAUGCUGCUUGACGCUCAUCGGAAGCGUUAUGAGCGAUAAGGUCUUGAAGAGGGAGAUGGCGAAGCGCGGGUACGGCGCGUCCAUCAUCGUGCUGUGUCUCGCGGGGAUCAUGUCGCUCUCCGCGGCGACGGUGUUCGUCGAGCUCAUCAUAAGCGCGGAGGACGGCGGCCUGAACGAGGGGUUCAGUCGCGAGUCGUUGUGCGGGACGUGAGCGAGGAGGAGAGGAGAGGAGAGGAGAGGGGAGGAGAGGCGCGGGACGCCGUGUCCGGCGCCGUGUCGAACGUCGGGCGUCGUAGAGCCUCGCGCGGCGCAGUCGUCGAAACCGACACCGAAACCGAAACGCGCCGCUUUUAAAGAUUUUUUCACACCGUUC